AUGGCCAAGCCGGAUUCCCUCAAGGAAGACGCCAUUGAGGCUGACCUCCAAGGCACCUCCCAACAUGCCGAAGACAUGACCGCAGACCGAGAGCCCUACGGCCCCCCAGGUCUCCAGGGCCUGCUGCACAACCCCUUCGUCCUGCUCUGCGCAGCCUGCUCAGCACUAGGCGGGCUCGUCUUCGGCUACGACCAGGGUGUGGUGUCCGUUACUCUAGUCAUGAGCCAGUUCCUCGACGUAUUCCCGCGGAUCAGCGGCUCGGGCUCUGGAUUCUGGAAGGGUCUCCUGACUGCAAUGCUAGAGUUAGGUGCUUUGAUCGGUGCGUUCAACCAGGGCUGGAUCGCAGAUAAGAUCUCCCGCCGGUACUCGAUUCUGGUUGCAGUUGGGGUCUUCACUGUUGGAUCUAUCCUGCAGACUGCCGCCGUGGAGUACGGGAUGUUGACCUUUGCUCGCUUUGUGGGCGGCGUGGGCGUGGGCAUGUUAUCCAUGGUGGCGCCGGUGUAUAUUGCUGAGAUCAGUCCCCCCGAAUGCCGCGGCACACUCCUCGUCCUCCAAGAACUAAGCAUCGCAUUCGGCAUCGUCAUCGCAUACUGGACGACCUUCGGCACGCGGUACAUGGCCGGCGAAUGGGCCUGGCGUCUCCCCUUCCUCCUCCAGAUGGUCCCCGGUUUCAUCCUCGCCACGGGCGUGCUCUUCCUCCCCUUCUCCCCGCGCUGGCUCGCCUCAAAAGACCGCAACGAGGAAGCCCUACACAGCCUCAGCCGCCUCCGCAGACUACCUACCACCGACAGACGCGUCCGGCAGGAAUACAUGGACAUCUUCGCCGAAGUGCGCUUCCACCGACAAACCAGCGCGGAGAAACACCCUGACCUUCAAGGACCGGGCACUAAAGAUGCACUCCUCCUCGAAGUUGCAUCUUGGGCAGACUGUUUCGGGAAGACCUGCUGGCGCCGCACGCACAUCGCGAUUCUGGUCCCGUUCUUCCAGCAGUUCGUUGGUGUGAACGCACUGAUCUACUACUCGCCGACCCUCUUUGAAACGAUGGGUUUUGACCUCGACAUCCAGCUCAUCAUGUCCGGGGUGCUGAACACGCUGCAGCUCCUCGGCGUGGUAGGGACAAUCUGGACGAUGGACACCCUGGGCCGUCGGAAACUGCUCUUCACGGGGUCCGUCGUCAUGGCGAUUUCCCAUAUCAUCAUCGCUGUUCUGGUGGGGUUGUAUAGCUCUAACUGGGCAGCGCAUCAGACUCAGGGAUGGGUCAGCGCGGCGUUUUUGUUGGUUUAUAUGGUUGCGUUUGGUUCGACCUGGGGGCCUGUUGGUUGGGCACUGCCGUCUGAAAUAUUCCCGUCCUCGCUGCGCGCCAAAGGCGUCGCAAUCGCAAACUGCUCCAACUGGCUCAACAACUUCAUAAUCGGGCUGAUUACGCCCCCUCUAGUCCAGGACACGGGGUACGGGGCGUACGUCUUCUUCGCGGUUUUUUGCAUUCUCUCUGGUGUGUGGAGUUUCUUUUUCGUGCCUGAGACGAAGGGGCGUACGCUUGAGCAGAUGGAUCAUGUUUUUAAGGAUAGUUCGACGCUGGAUGAGAGGGCGAGGAGACGGGCUAUUGAGGUGGAGUUGCUGGGGGAGUAUGCUGAGGGGAGAUAA